CUCCGUAACAGUAAUACACACUCCUCCUUACUAAAUUAAACCUGAUUUGAGAGGAUGCUGUUGGAGGCAGAACUGUUGAUUUUUAACAGCAGGCAGAUUAACAUUCCUGGGCCUGGCAGUAAUGAGAGACUUGGCCAUGUUUCCCAGGAUCCCCACAACCAAGAACAAAAAAGCGUUCAUUUCGGAUCUCUGUGUACAGGAGAUAUCAAACGUAGAAGAAAAGCAGCACCUCAUCCUGGACCUUCGACAGCAGGGAUUGUAGGUGAAAAUGCCCAGCCUAUCCCAGAAACCAACAUUGGCAACCAGAUGCUGCAAAGCAUGGGCUGGAUUCCUGGCACCGGUCUCGGACCAGACGGCAAAGGGCUUGCUGAACCCAUUAGAGCUUUACGGCGACCAAAAGGGGUCGGACUUGGCUUUUGCUGACAGGAAAAAUACUCAGCUCAAUGGAAAGAACUCCAGCCCUAACUCAAAAGAAUGGGAAGAUAAUGGUAUAUGUGGCCACAAAAUUACGUCCUUCUAAAAUUAUCCUUAAUUUGUGUUUUGAAUUCAGCACACAUGCUUAUUUCUGAGCAGUUGUCAAUGCUGAUUUACUGUAUUAAUUGUUACGGAGGUUUCUAGAUAUUAGGAAGUGAAUUUAAUUGCUGUACACUGAUACACAAGGCCAAAGGUUUUAGCAGCCAUAAUUCCGUUCUAUCCAAAAUGUGGUGUCUGCAAGUUGGCUGAGGCUGCAGAUAUGAAUUUAUUAAGAAAUAUGGCAGUGGUCUGACUCUUCCAAUCCCCAUAACAUGAAUAUCUCUGAAUGAUUUGCAAGUUUGUCAUUAUAUUGCCACUGCUGUAUUGAAAAGAUAGAGAUAGAUGUUUUGAAUGGCAAUAACACUUCUGCAAAGAGAACUAAACACAACCUGUUCAGGCAGUUCAGAAAUAGUUCUAGUGACUCCUUAAUAUCUGGAAACCUUCUUUUUGUUUUUGUUGAAGUGAAUUUAUUUCAAAUUCCAUGUUGUGUUUCUUUCAACUCAAACAAAAUUAUGUCCAUUACUUGGGAAUAAAAGGGUUUUAUUAGCAUGACAAAAAGAAUGAAGAGGGCCUGAAUUGUUUAAUAUGCUAUUCACCACAGAAUAUUUACUUAAAUUUCAGUUAAUUUCAUUUUUGUCUAUUGAACGUUCUAUCUUGCUAGAACUUUUACACAUGUCAAAUAGAAACCAUGUGUUACAAUGACCUACUUUGGUAAGGUCUUAGUUGCUCUGCCAUAUUGGACAGUGAUCAUUGUGAUUAUACUGAGCAUUCGAGUAUUUCAGUCUGGAAAAGGAGAGCCACCAGACAGCUGAUUACUGAACUUGACCAUAUCUUGUUCUUUAAUCAGUUUAAUGUACUAAAUUCUAGUAAAUAGAACUGGUUUUAGAUUUCUUCUCAGAUCACAUCAGCUUACAGCCUUUCUAAAAUCCUUACACAGUCCAGUUUCUGAACAUGCCGUGCAUUUUAGAAAUAUAACCUAUUUAUUGGCUGCUGUCUCAAAUCAGAUCUCUUGAUUUAGCUAAUCCACCCAUUAAUCUGUACUACAGUUUGUGAGAAAUUACCAAAUUUAAUAUCAUAAAUGACAUUAAUUUUUUCAAAAAUCUGUUUUAUUAAACAGAAAACAGUUGUAAAUGUCUGAUCUAGAGUUAUAUUUCUUUCACAGAUUUUGUAGUGCUUUCUUGUCAUUUUGUUCUAUUGCAAAAGGCCACAGUACCAACACGUAUCUCAAUACAACAGCCAAGGUUCUGAACAUGUGUCUGAAAGGUACUCCAGAUGUCACCCCAAAAAGCAUAUUCUACAGUCAAAACUGUGAUAUACUUUUAGCAGUGUCAUAAUUUGUGUAAUUUUUGUGCAGAUGCAAAUCAAGAGAAGCUAUAUAAGAUGUUGCAUAAUAGUGAAAGGAUUACAAAGGUAAGAUCAAUACCCCCCGCACGCAGUCUGAGCAAAGACAGUAGAUUCAGAAAACAUGCAGUUAAUUGCAGGGAUUUCUGAGAUCAUAUGUAUAAAUAGAAAUUUACGUGAGGUUUGGGAUUUACUUAAUGCAGUAGCUAAUUAAAUUGAAAUUCAUGUUUCUUGAUUUCUCCAGUAAAAGUGAAUUUAAACUCAGUUGAAAGAACUACAGUGAAAGGGACUGACAAUUCUGUUUUAAUUUUCAAUCUUUUUUCCCAUUUCAUUCCUGGGCUAAUUUAGUUUUGAAGUUUUUCCCCUUUUCUUAAUUCUGUCAGUUUGCAUUUAAAUUGCACUACUCUGUUGAUGGUUUAACACUUUUCUAUUUCAUAACUAGACAACGAUAUGAGAGUCCUUUAAUGGACCAAGAAGGGAAAAGCCAGUGUGAUGUUCCUUAGAAUGUGCAGUUAUUGUUUCAAAGGUGAUUUUUAUUAUCUUACAUUCCACAGAGUAUUAGCUUAAGAACAGAGCAGGCCUAUCUGUGUCAAAUGCCUUAAUUGGACAACUCUGCUUCGUGACAUAUCUUUAAAAAAACAGAGCUACAGGAUCAUCGGGCUGAAACAUGUGAUAUGAGCGAUAAAAGAAAAUCUGCCCUCUGUUAUAAAUGAGCCCAAUUAUAGGCAUAUUGUUAUUGCUCCAGAGGCAGUCGUUUUGCAUUCUGUGAGAAGUAAUGGAGUAAAUCACAAGCAAUUCUAAUGCAAAGAAAUGACAUAACAUUGGGACAUUAUGGUGUGCAAUAGAUCUGAUUUGACAAAAACUGCUUAAAACCAAUACAUAAAAAACAGUGUUAUGUUAAUAACUAUUAUCUGGAAGAAUGAUUGGGGUAAUUUACCCAUAACAGGAUAGUUAUCUGUUGUUGAAAUGGUAUAACUGAUUUUUUUUUAAAGUACUGAAGCAUCUUAUGAAUGAAAAGGCAACAGGCCAAGUUUCCAGCCUAUCUUGCAUGUGUCUUUAAAAUCAGACCCUGUUUUGUUAGCAACGUUAUAUUGGAAAGAAAACUUGUAAUUAUGUAGUUUGAGCUUUUUCCUUCAGUCUGACAAUUCUGAUGGUGGCUUCAAACAUUCAGAAUCAGGAAUGAAGUUCAAGGUGUUUUCUCUCUUGUAUAGGGAAAUUCUCUCACAUUGUACUAUUGCUCCAAAUUCCAAUAAUGGUUUCAAUUGGAUAUCAUAAUGGCAUAUAAAUUGAUUUAUCUUUUAUAUUUUAUGUAUUUUGUGCUUGUUCUUGCUUUCAAUGUGCAUCUGGUGAAAUGUCUUGUGCUUACUGCAGUAUGAUGUGUAAACCCUAAAAUUUCUCCAUAAGAAUAUCAUAUUCACAUAACAGUGUUAAGAAUUAGCAUUAUUUCUCUGCGCGAAAUGUUUAAGAGAAUAUAGCUGUUCUUAGACUUAAUUAUUUACCCAAUAAUUUAAAACUGUAAAAAUACCAUAUGAAAUGGGCUAAUUCUCAUCUGGCGUUUGGCAAACAAACAAACAAAUAAAUGAACUUCCCACCUCC